ACGGGUUUUAGCAAGUUUUUGGUUUUUAUUAUUUUAUUAAGUUGUGUGGUUUUUUUUUUUAAAAAAAAAAAAAUGGCUCCUAAAAAGGUGGCUGUAGAGAUGAGCACUUCUCCCAACAAAGAGGUGAAAGAAGAUCAGAAAACAGGCAGUCCUGUGGAGGUGAGUAAAGCCGUGAGGAAGGUCUCUUCUCACCCGUCCACGAUGGAGAUGGUGAAGGAGGCGCUGACGGAUCUGGACCAGAGGAAGGGUGUGUCCGCGCAGGCCAUCCGCACCUUCAUCAAGGAGAAGUACAGCACGGUGGACGAGACGAGGCUGAAGACGAUGGUGCGCAAAGCUCUCGUUAAAGGGAUCGACUCUGGAGCGUUUGUGAGACCUGCGAACUCGCCGACGACGACAACAGGAGCUCAGGGCCGCUUCAGACUUGCUGUCAGGAAGCCGAAAGCAGCGAAGAGCAAAGAGGCUAAAGAGAACACGAACCCUAACAUCACCAAGGCUGAAGAUCCUAACGCUAAGACCGGGGACGUGAAGACAAAGAAAACAAAGUCUGCUGCUGUGGAGGGAGACAAACCCAAGAAAACCAAGAAGAACAAUGCCUUGGCUUCCAAAGUGGCUCCAGCGAAGAAGCCCAAAGCCAAGCGAGCUGCUGGAGCAGCCGGUGAAGGAGAGCCAGAACCCAAAACCCAAAAAACCUCCAAAGCUUCAAAGGGGGAGAGCGGAGAGAAAUCGGGUGCCAAGAAAGGAGGAAAGAAAGCGGCUCAGAAAGCUGAGGAAGGCCCUGACGAGGGAGCAGAAGUAAUCCCACUGAAGAAAGGAGAGAAGGAAGAGGCCCAGAAAUCUGAGGAAGGUGGAAAUGAGGCUGAAGCGACUGUGCGGAAAAAGGGAGGAAAGAAAACCGCUCAGAAAACAGAUGAUGGAGAGCAAAACAGCACCAGAUCAUCAGGGAAGAAAGGCAAGAAAGCAGCGGAGAAAUAAUUCAACAUGCACUUUUUUUUUUUUUUUAAACUGUAUGUCCAAUAAAGCCUUUUGUACUUAGUGAACCGUGGUGUGACUUUUGUAAGAGAUUUCAACUGCUGGACUCGCGCUAAUAUAAUGCAUUUAUCUCCUAAUUUCUCAAAUGUACUUUUAAAUUGACACUCGAGUAAAAUAAAGUAUUACUUUUUAUCCCA